GGUUUAUUUGAAUUGACGUUCAUCGUUAAAAGUUAAAAGCGUAUUUUGUGUGUUUAAUAAUACGUGUUAUAUGUCUAUCUCUAACAUUUAACUAACUGCGUGUGCGCUCGUGUAAAUCUUUCUGUGUAAACGUAUAGGUGGUUGCGUGGCGUGUUUUCCGUGCCAUAAUAGAUUCGACCAAUGAGCGAAUACUUGAGGCCAUGACGUCACGGCCCAAAGAGCUCCGAUUGGCCGGUGGUACGUGCGUCGGCGGUGACGGAUACACUGUUAGCGUAUGAGUACGCGUGUCGCGCUUUGUCAGUUUAUAAGGAGCUCUCCUCGGUGUUCGGCUCUCGCGGCGCCUCUUCUUGAAUUAUCGCGCGGCGAACCCCUCCCCCCUUCCCGAAUAGUACUUAACGAAUUCUCCUCCUCUGCUCUCUUUGUUCCCCUUCGUCCUAGCAUUCUUUGCCAUCUCUUUACCUUACUUUUUUGUCCUGUUAUCACAUUUCGUAUUUUUAUUCCCUUAACCUAACGUUAACUCUUCUUAUACACCUAAUUCUAUACUUUUUUUUAUUUUCCUCUUUCUAUUUCUUUGCCAUCUGGGUUGAUGGUGAAGUUAAAUAAGGGUUAGUUCAAUCUUAUUAGUUAAAGUUGCUAAUUCGAACUUGCCCGUCUUAUUCUUCUGUUUUUUCAUUGUCACGAUUUACGUGCAUAUACCAUCGCUUUUCUGUCUCUGUCUCUGUCUCUCUCUCUCUCUCUCUCUCUCUCUCUCUCUCUCUCUCUCUCUCUCUCUCUCUCUCUCUCUCUUUCUGUUUAAAGCGAGUUCGAAUCUACGCUGGAACCUCGUUCUUUGCUUCGCCUUUCCCGCCUCUUGUCUCUCGUCGUGUGUGUCGUGCUUCUCCCUUCUCCUCUAUUCCCCCGUUCCCUCUCUUCUCCUUCCCCAUCCAGCUCGGUUUCUUUUCUCUUCCCUUCCAUAACCGACUAACAUCGAACCAACGUAGAAUUGUGCAGCAAGUCGUCCACUCCUGUUACUUGACUUUAAAUCAUUCUGUGAUUUAUCUUAUAUUAAAAUAUGACGAUUGAAUCUUUAUUAAAAUUACUUCUCCUCGGCCAACUAUGGUAAUUUUACAAGGAUAUACGUUAUCUAAUACUCGUAGAAGAAGAGAUCGGCUACUCGCGGUGGAAGAAUUGGUACAGGUAGCAGAAUCAACUACAGGAACAUCAAGAAGAAGAAGAACGCGGAGCUGGAGGUGAAAGUGGCGGUGGCGGCGGCGGAUGUGGGGGUGGAGGUGGAGGUGGUGGAAGCAACUAACGAGGAAGGAAAAAGACUAGUGAAGAGGGGGAAAGAAAUAAAGUUUAUAGGUCGCGCCUUUGCGCGAUACCGAUCCUUUGGACGGUAUCGUCCAACAUAAAAGAACAUUAUUAACAAUAUAUCAAGACCAUUGUGGUUCGUCGUCGUGAUACGAGUGAACACGCUGGAUCCAAAGAAGAAGAGGAGGGGGAGGGCGACCGAAUUAAGAAUGAGCCUGGAAACGUUACUGGAAGCGGCGCGGUACGUCGAGCAGCAGGAGAAGAAGAGGGAACAACGCGUCGCUAGCACUAGUUCCACAUCCACCUCCUCCAAUCAACCAUCGCUCGCCGUCGCACUCCCCCACUCUAACAACCAUCACAAUUCAACCGAACCACGUGGUAUCAAAUUAAAAAGGGAUCGUAACGAGCCAGAUGAAUUCCUUUGCGAAGAGAAAAUGCUUAUCAUCGAUGAAGAAGAGCCGUUGGAAAACAACAGAACAAAUGGGAAUCAUACCAACGUACCUCAACGAGGGAGUCCGGUGAUCACGACUUCUCGCAUCACACCACCAGUCGCAAAUGUUAAUCUUAACAGUCAACAGCAGCAACAGCAGCAACAGCAACAACAACAACAGCAGCAACAGCAGCAGCAACAUCAUCAAAUACAGCAGCAACAACAACAAUCACCUGCAUUACCACCGGCACCCCAGUAUCAGCAACAACAACAACCACAUCAUCAUCAUCAUCAUCAUCAUCAAAAUAAUCAGAGUACAACGCAAAAUCAGUACUUGGAAAAUCAGAAUUCCAAUGUCUCGCAACAAAGCGCUGGAAAUCUCAUUGUAGAUGUGGAAACUGCUCAUGACAAUAAGAAACACAGGAGUGGGUCGUGCGUGAUCCGAUCUGGUACAAGGGAAGUACACAACAAGCUGGAAAAAAAUCGAAGAGCGCAUCUUAAAGAAUGCUUCGAAUUUCUCAAAAAGCAAAUACCAGCGCAAGAGGACAAAAAGUCCUCGAAUCUAUCCAUUUUACACGCUGCCAUCAAACAUAUACAGUCAUUAAGAAAAAAAGAACGCGAUUAUGAGCACGAAAUGGAAAAGCUGGCAAGAGAAAAAAUCGCGGCGCAACAAAAAUUGGUUGCUUUAAAGAAGGAACUCGCAGCAACGUGGGAUCAUAUCGACUUUAAUACUCUACUGCCAGAACAGAGUUCGUCCGCGGAAGUUCCGACUAUGAAAAAUGUUCCAGAAAAUAUAGAAUUGGAGGUAGCCGGACUUGCACGCGGUGGUACCAGAUACAGCAGCACGAGUAGUCUGAGCAGCGCUGCGACGGCUAGUUCGCCACAAGCGCUUCAAACGACGACUAACAAUUCAAAUAUUCACAAUCAAGUUGCUACGGCUGCUGUAGUCUGUCAAACGCAGGGGCUUAAUCUUGCCCAAAAUUCGAGGGAAAGUCCACCGACUAGUUCGAGCCCUGGCGUACCUGCUGCUGCUGCUGGGACGACGCCUACCAUUCCUGCUCCGGCUCAAGAGAAAGUGACAACAUCUCCGACGAAUUUGGUGCAACAGUCUCAUCUACAUCUACCGAUAAGCGCCCAAAUGUUAAAUACGGGUCAAGGAUUAGCGACAAUCGUGCCGACCCUUUCCCAUAUCGGCCCUGGUCUCAGAGUUAUACCUGGUGACACGAGACAACUACUGGUCACGCAUGCAGCUGCAGCUGCUGCCGCUGCAGCUGCAGCCGCCGGUGCUAACAAUGAAUCCCGACCGCUUACGUUGGCCGUACAAAAUUCCUCGGAUCAAUCGAGGCCACUGAUUGCCGUUCAAUCCAACACUGGAAGCGAGCCAAGGCCCGUCGCACUGGUCGUGCACUCGUCUACGGCUAAUGACAAUCGUGUAACCUUUGUGCAUUCGAAUUUAUCGAAUAACGACAGACCCCUGGCUCUUGCCGUGCAAUCUUCGGCCAACGACGUCAGGCCCGUUACAUUUGUACAUUCUGGAAACGAGGGAAGACCCUUGGUUCUUACCGCUCAUUCUCCUGCUUUAAACGUCUCCAAUGCCCAAACGAGAAUAAGAACGGGUGACACGACGCAAACCACGCAUAAAAUGGUUGGAGGUGUUACGCUGGUCGGUGGAAGCGGUUCGGAGCUAACAAGACUUCCCGGUGGUGCAGAAUUAAAUAUUCUUCCAGCAAAUGGAUUGACUUUAAGUCAUGCAGGAGUUUCCCUUCAAACAACGACAGGAAAGGCGGGUUCAGCGACAGUGAUGUCCAAUGCUCCGUCCACUGAAAGUAUAGCUCACAUCGUCGGCCAACAUACUCCCCUUUCCGGUCUGACACCGAUAGUCACACCAAUGACCGUUGUUUCCCAAGGGAAUCAAGUAACUGCUCAUAUUUUAGCACCAUCGAGUCUUGCGGGGAAAAUGAUUACAACUCCUAUUCUCAAAUCUGUGGGACAAAUGCCACUUGUAAAUGCUCAGUACCUUAAUACGACGACGCUAGUUAAGCCAGUUGUUGUCGUUAGUUCGCCAUCAAAUUCUACUCCACCGUCUACUACAACAUCAUCCAUCACGCAACCUUCCUCAACUUCGCAUUCAACCGUCUGACAAAAUCAAAGAAAGAUCAAAUUAGUUUGAGGAAAGACUAUUUUACAUUUAUGGAAACUGACAAGUGUGAAUCACUUUUAUCAACUUUUAUGUAGAUUCUCCAGGUCCUUAUAUGUUUACUGGCACACUCACACAUAUACACACUACAUGUAAUGUGUUUAUCCUAUUCGCGCGUUAGUUAUUAGAACCUCUGUCGUCUACGAUUUUAAAUGAAACGAUAUAAAUUUGUGUACACGAAUCUUAUAAGGAAAUAACGUAUUGCGCUUUGAUUCCCGUAUUAUAUGAUUGACAUCCAACGAGUUAGUUUAGUUGUCAUUUUUGACUUGCAGUUUUUGUUUAUUUUGUCUUUGUUAUUAUCUUUAACUUUUACUCCAUUCAAUAUUCACAUUUUUAAUACAUGUUCCAAAUUUUCUUCGUAUCGUACACUGGAUUGCUAUUGUUGUACAUUUCUCUCAAAAUUAUGUCUCCGUUAAUCAAUUACGAUUGUUUCUAAUAGAAUAUCUAUCAGUUAUAAAUAUAUACCAUAUUGCAAAUGUUAAUAACAAAAGUCGCGUUUACGAACUACUGAUCUGUGCAACAUCUUUGUAUUAAGGUUGAAAAUUUGAGAUUUUAGAAUCGGAUUAUAUUUUUCGGUGCUGUAAAGCGAUCAAAGAAAAUCCAACAUAUAUAAUCUAACAGUUAAUAAUACUUUAAGUGGGUAUAACCGAUGUCUAUAAUAUAUUUUUUCUUUUUUUUUUUUCUCUUCCUCCCACCCCCCCACACCCAAAAGACCCACCCACCCCUAAGACUAAAUGUACUGAAUGAAGUAUAGGCAAUGAAGCUUUUAAUCUUUUUCUGGCUGUGGACACCGAACGAGCCCAUUUUAUCCAGAAAACAAAAAAAAACAAACGGUGAAAUGAAUUUCUUGCAAAGAAAAAGAGAGUAAACAAGAGUAAGGAAUUGUUAAUAAGAGUUGUCUUUCGAAUAAGUUCUAAUAUUUAUUGUUUUAUAUAUUUAUUUUAAUCAUGCAACUCUCUAUGCAUGUUACUACUAUUCGGCUUAACAGCAUGCCUAAUAAUGUCAAUUUACGAUUCUUCUCUAUAUUGAUUUCAUAUGAAUAUAUAAAGAAUUUUCUUGCGCUAUCGUAGGCAUUAUGAUACAUAAUUUUAUUUUAAAUGAAACAAAAUGACAGAGUUAAGACAUACACAAAGCGAACGAAGCAGAGAGAGAGAAAAUGUUCAUCCAUCGUCGUAUAGUUCAUUAUUAUUACAUGUUUUUGUGUUUAAUUUUUAGUCCGAUAUCAAUCUGAUGACAUUAACUGUGUGUGUCAUUGCUUUUCAUAUUAGCAAUUACAAAUUUUGAAGCAAUCGAAUACUACUUGAACACUAAUUAACACUUUGACGUCCGAACGUAUGACCAAGAUUCUUUCGAUCGAUGUGUGGGGCGAUGUGCAUUUGUUCAAUCUCUUUAAAAGUGACACCAAUGUGUAAUGGGCGGCAUAGUGUUAACACACUAAGAGAUGAACAUUUUCGUUAAAUCGUAUUUGCAUUUGUUACGAUAGUCGAUGAAGAUAAUCUUAUUAAAUGUAAAUGGGAAUUUGACAACAUACUGAAUCGUAAAUAAAACUAAUGAUGUAGAAUGUUAACCUAGAGUGAGACAGAGAUAAAAGAAAUGAAAGAAGAGAAAAAGUAAAACUUAAAUAGCAAAAAGCGCUGUUCGACUAAGACGGAUAAAAUUAAGAAAGAAAAAUUAUCGAUAGAAAUAAAUAGCGCGUAGCAUUCUGUACAUAAUACCAAUCUAUUACGUGGUAAAAAGUAACAAAAAAAAAUGUAGAAUGAAUAAUGAGAUGAAAAGAAAAAUAAGAGAGAGAAAUAGGAAGUAAAGGAAUGUGUUUACGAACAAUGUGAUAUAAGUAACGAUUUAAAGUUAAUUAGUAUCUUGUGUAGUUUUUAAGGAAUACUGUUGAAUUGUUUACUGCGUAGAGAGAGAGUGAGAGUGAGAGUGAGAGUGAGAGUGAGAGUGAGAGUGAGAGUGAGUGAGUGAAAGUCUGAGAAUGGGAAUGUAUGCUGACAAUUAUUAUUAAAUAACAUCCGUACACAUAAGAGAUGGGAUGAUUUAAUUGUAAAUAGAAUAUAUAAUGAAACGAUAGAAAAUUACGAAUUAUUAUUAUAUACACACAUAUAUGUAUAUAUGUAUUGAGUAAUGGAUGGGAAGGUAUACAUAAAAAAAAAAAAUUAAAAAGUUAAAAAAGCAACACAAAGAAAACAUACAAAAAAUUUUGGAGUAAUAUUCGCUGAUGAUAAAUUCUGUUUCAUCAUCCGAGUUGGUUAAAAAUCUAUCAUCUUUCAUAAAUAUUCCAUGCAGUAGAAGAGACACCCGUAGAAAUUACGUAAAAAAGAAAGAAAGAAAUAAAGAUAUAAGAAAAAAAAAAAAAACAUUAAUAAAUGUGAUGAUACCGAUCGUUUAA